CACGUUAACAAAAAAGAAGCUGAACCGUCAAAACAUAAACAGAGGAGACAACCUUGUGUGAACGCAGCUAGCUCGUAUUAUACUCUUAUUUCAGCUCAAAGCUUUAUCCAUGCACUCCUAAUGUUGUGUGCUUCCAGUUACCGAAUUCUGGGUAGAGACACUUAGCUUAUUUGCUAAGUAGUGAGGUGGAGAAAACAAAUCUGCAAUAAAGAUUAGGACUAAACUAAGAAGUACGUCUCGUCGGGCCUUCGAGUGGAGAGGUUGUACCUCGAUACGACGCAGGACCAGGGAGACAGCAUGGCUGAGACUGACGGCAAAUCCGCUACACUUAACGGUGACUCUGAAGAAAAGAAUCCAGGAGAAGAUCAACAAAAGGAGGAGAAUGCCUCUGGAAGCAAAGAGGAACAAACAGAGUCUUCCUCUCAAGAUGCCCCCAAAGAAACAACAGAGGCAUCAGGGGACAAACCUAUGCCAGACAUGGAAGGGGAGACUGGGGCAAACAGAGAGGGAGAGGAGGACGAAGAUACAGACAGCAUGGAUGGCAGUGGACUCUACUCCUUGACGGAGGACGGUGAACGGGAGAGUGAGGGAGGGAGACGAGAGAGAGCUAAGGAAAAAGAUAGUGGGAAAAGAGCAGCUAGAAAGAGAAACAGACCUGGUGGCGGCACCAACCACUCUUCCAGCUCAGAUGAGGAUGAUGAUGAUGACGACGAUGAAGAACAGAAGGAUGAUGAUGAGGAUGAAGAUGAUGAUGAGGAGGCCAUGGAGGCCUGGCUAAGAGCAGAAGUCCGUGAUAUGCGUGGCCCUGUGUGGCAAGCAGUGCCCUCACUGCGCUCCAGGGAAAUCGGCCAGAACUCGCACCAGUUUGUGAGGCGCGUGUGUGGAGCCCGCUGCCUCGUGCAGAGGCUGGAGCUUCAGGGUCGCUUAGAGAGGCAUACAGGUUGCGUCAACACAUUGCACUUCAACCCCUCUGGCACACGCCUGGCAUCAGGUAGUGAUGACCUGCGAGUGGUGAUAUGGGACUGGGCCAUCCGCCGUGCUGAGCUGGAGUUUGACAGUGGACACAAGAGUAAUGUAUUUCAGGCAAAGUUCCUGCCUCACAGUGGAGACUCCACCUUGGCCAUGUGCGCUCGUGAUGGUCAGAUCAGAGUGGCUGAGCUUUCUGCCACGCAGCGCUGCAAGAACACAAAGCGGGUAGCACAGCAUAAAGGUGCAGCACACAAGCUGGCCCUGGAGCCGGAUUCACCGUGUUCCUUUCUGUCAGCUGGAGAGGACGCCGUGGUAUUUGGUAUUGACUUGCGUCAGGAUCGCCCUGCCAAUAAACUGGUGGUGGUAAAGGAGGGUGAUAAAAAAGUGGGAUUGUACACUAUCUUUGUCAACCCAGCCAAGACACACCAAUUUGCUGUUGGUGGGAGGGAUCAGUAUGUAAGGAUCUAUGACCAGAGGAAGAUUAAUGAAAAUGACAACAAUGGUGUACUGAAAAAGUUUUGUCCCUCACAUUUGGUUUCCAGCGAAUCCAAAACCAACAUAACCUGUCUUGUCUACAGUCAUGACGGCACAGAACUCCUGGCUAGUUACAAUGAUGAGGACAUCUACCUGUUCGACUCCAACCACAGUGACGGGGCAGACUAUCGCAGGAGAUACAAGGGACAUCGCAAUAAUGCCACGGUGAAGGGGGUGAACUUCUACGGACCAUGCAGUGAGUUUGUGGUCAGCGGUAGUGACUGUGGACACAUUUACCUGUGGGACAAGUACUCUGCUCGUAUUGUCCAGUUUAUGGAAGGAGACAAAGGGGGAGUGGUGAAUUGUUUGGAGCCUCAUCCCCACCUGCCAGGUAUGGCCACCAGUGGGUUGGACCAUGAUAUUAAACUGUGGGCACCCACAGCUGAAAACCCCACAGGAUUGAAGGGUCUGAAAGAGGUGAUGAAGAAAAACAAGCGGGAACGGGAUGAGGACAGUGUGCGCCAUGGUGACCAGUAUGACACCCAGCUGUUGUGGUUCCUGAUGAGACACAUGAGGAACAGAAGACCCCCAAGGGCUCGCCGUGAGGGAGCAGAUGCAGACACAGAUGAGUCCUGGAGUUCUCCAGAUUCCUCAGAUGAAGAGGAAGGAGGUCCAGAUCAUGUUCAGUGCAUGUCAUCUUGAGCCAUACAUACAUACAUACAUACAUACAUAGUUACACACACAAACAUAGAUUUAUACACUCUUUAUUGCCCUUGAAUUGAUGCACAUAGGCAAGCACUAUUGACACACUGGCACACUCAAACACUGACAAACCACAGACUGUUCUUUCUUUGAAUCUUUUUUUUUUCUUAACACACAUACAAACAGAAAAACACAUUUACAUAAACAUACUGUUGAAGCAGAGUGACAGAGAUGCUUAACGUCUGGUUUCCCAGCAGCUACGAGUGUGCAAAUAGUGACUGCAGACAGCCACACUCCCAGAAUCCUGAAUUUUGAGAAUAGAAGAGGCUUAGUGAGCACCCACAUCCCUCACUUGGAGGCUCCUGCUCGUCUGUGCAUUGUUGAUGUGUCCUGCAUAGACUCAGAAAGAUGUACUGUGCAUGGAUUGCAACAAGUACUUCCAAAUUUAGGCAACCUGUAGUGAGCUUUACAUCACCAGCACACAGUUCCCCCUCUCCUCUCCCCUUGCUUUCUGUGCAAAUGAAGAAAGGGCAUCGGCUUAAACCCUCAAAGAAUCCCCAAAAUGUGAUUCCCUUUAAAAUUUGAACUGUGUGAGGGAGCGCCCAGUGGCCCUCACUGCUUUGCCCCAGUCUCCUGUUUUUUUUUUCCUCUUUGAUUUGAAGCAGCUAGUUGCAUUUUUUUUACACAUUUGAUCCCAGAGAAUUUUUAAAUCUCCAAAUGCUGCAUUACUUUACAUGUACCCCUCCACGUAAAUCACCUCUCCUCCAUCAUUACUGAGUGCACUAUGAAUCAGGGAUGCUUUAGUGUGUGAAAGACUAAUUGUGCACCGUGUGUGAUGUUGGAGAAGGAUCUGUUGUCCUGUACAUGUUGGAAACUCCACAGUGAAAUGCUUUUUUUUUUUCUUUUUUUGAGUUGGGGGAUAGUUUGCACUGAGGAGAGGUGGUUUCCUUUGCUUCCACCAUCCUUUCUUCUGCUUCCUUCUUCCUCUUCCUCCUCCUCUCCGUUUAGAAACUCAUCUUUGACAGGACAUCUUCAGUUCACUUCUUAGUGAACAUGAAAAUUGAGAGGUAAAUGGUAUUCAGCAUGUGCAUCCGAAAGGACAUAUUUCAUACUCUGUUGGAGAACUCAGAUUUUUUUUUUUUUAUUUAAGAGUGCCAGACCCGACCUGGAUCAAUCACAGUUGAAACACUGCCUAUGAGCCAAAUGAGAUUGGAGUACUGUUGAUGUGGUUUCUUAAAAAAAAAAACAAUAAUAUUAGAAAAUUGACUUUUUUGUUUUCUUGCCAUGAGACUAAAAAGAAAGAGAAAUAGCUGACCCUGUUUAGUUAGGUCAGAAACCUCACUAACUAGUGUCUCCAGAGGUCAGUAUUUCGUGGGAUGGUGUAAUCAGUAGAAAGAAACAAAAAAAGAAAGAAACUAUUUUACAGCAACCAGCAUAAACUCCAGGAUGCUUAGUAGUCCCUUUAACAGCUGCCCCUUCUUUCAGGUCUUUGUGUUAAACUGAGCUGGCUGCCUGCUGGUGGUGGUUUCAUAUAAGAGUGCUAUUAGUCCACUUAUCUGAAAACUGAAGUCGUCUAAAAUGACAUAUUUUCACAUUUUGACCCAGGUCGGGUGCUGCAUUAGCACUGGCUCAAAAACGAGGAUGGAGGGAGGGAUGGGGUCAUUGUGCUUGCCAGUCAUUUGUUGUGUGAGAGCGAUAAAGUCCAGCUUUUCUCAUUUUCUAUGAGAACUGUAGUUAGUUGAAUUUAUAUGUACAUAUAUAAAUAUAUAUUAAAAUGGGGGAAAAAAAACUUUAGCAAAUGCUGUUUGACUUAAAAAAAAAAAAUAGUCAAAACAUUGGAUUGGUAUUGAUGCAGAGGUUUAUAUUCUAUACUGUAUGACCACAAAGUACUUUUAAAAUCCAGAAAAGAAAAAGUUGACAUGACUUUUUUUUUCCUUUUUUUUUUGACAUCCCUCUGUGAUGAACAGAAACAGUCAUUUAAAGUACUCCAGUUUUGAUUCUUUUUCUUCAUAAAGGAAAAGAAAAUACUUAGAUCUUAGUCAGUCAUUCACAGUUCUAUCCAGAUUUUCCCACUGGCUAUUUUUGGCAUCUUGUAUACAUAAUGAGGCUUUUGAUGAACAAUUCUUUUCCCAUCACCGCCUAAUAUUGUAUUCUACUAUUUCAGUUGGAAAUAUGUAUUAUUUGUGCAAUAAACAAUAAGACAGUG